AUGUCGGCAGUCUACUCCAUCUACACCUCGCCCAACCAUGCGCCCAUUCCUAAUCAUCUCCCAACCCUCGUUGUCACGCCAUAUGGUCAACCACACCACACCCUCUACUCCUAUAUUCACACCAACUACAACAAGGAGACCUACCUUCUCACUCCUUCUCCUCAGGGUGACCUUUGCGUCGCCAAGAUGGUUCCUCCCCCCGGCUCCCGAGGUGCCGCUUCUUCUUCCGAAGGCGGUCACUCCAAUGGCCAUGCCGACAAGACAGUUCGCUGUGAAGCAUCCCGCAAUUUGAAAUGGUCUAUCACCAACACCGGCAUCAACGCUCCAGUAUACAAGCUCACUCUGCCAAAUCCCGAUGCACCUGGUCACCAGCAGCCCCUCUUCCAGAUCUCGAAACCAAACCCCAACGCAACCUGGUGGACCAUGUUCUACUUUACAUAUGCUGGCCAUUUGAUUCCACCAAAGCGUAUCGAGUUCGGCAAGAUUCAGAAGAAUGCAGCAGCAGGCAGCGCAGGUGGAGGCGGAACUCGUGUUACUAUUGCAGGCAAGACACCAGAGGAGAAAGCAGUAUGGCAGACAUUGGGAGAAGGUAACGAGGACAUGGUAGAAUGGAUUGUGCUCUGCGCUGCACUCAAUGUACUCGAUGACGAGAUCAUCAAGGCUGCACAGGCAACUGAGCCAAAACAGGUUGCACCUCCUGGUGCAUCCAAGGCUGUCCCAUCUAGCCGACCGGCUGUUGGUGCUCUUCGUGCAGCUCCUCCUCCCAACAAGAUGCCCAUACCCCUCGCACAACCACAGGGAGGCGUCAAUGCUGCUUACAGAGGUCCCAAUCAGGCUACAGGCCCUCCUAUGCCAACAGGUCCUGGAGGUCAGCCUAACCCACAAAUGUAUCAGCAGCAGCCACCACAACAAAGAGGUCCACCUCCUCCCCAAGCUUACAGAGCUCCUCCGCAACAGGGUCGCCCAAUGCCACCACAGGCUUACGCUCCACCGCCGCAACAGCGCGGUCCUGGUGGGCCUGUUCCUGCUAGCGGUCGGAGAUUCUAG